AUGGGUCCUACAAGGGACGCUGUCAAGGGUUGUAGUGCCCCCAGUAGCCAUACCAGGGGUGGUGGCCCCCCACUGGCCCUUACAGAGGCGGUUGCUCACCCAGGGACCAUCCCAAGAGCGACCUCGCCCUCAAAUGCUAUACCAAGGGCUACGGAGCCCCCCGGGGCCGUCCUAGGGGAAACUGCUCCCGCAGGGGCCCACUUAGAGGCGACGGCGCCCCCAGGGGAAUUCCCAGAGGUAGUGGCGCUCCCAGGGCACCACCCAGGGGCAACGGUACCCCCAGGGGCCCUCCCAAGGAUGGUCGCGUACUUUGUGGCUCUCCCAGGGGAGAAAGGGCCCACAGGGGCCCUUCCAGCUGCAUCGGCGACCUUAGGGGACCUCUCAGGGCUGGUUGCACCCUCAUAG